AUGAACUUGGAUAUCGACAAGUCGUACGGCGUCAUUCAGCCUGACUCGGCGAGCUUUCGGAAGCAGCUAGAGAAUCUCUCGAAACUUUCAAGACAAUCGUCGGAUUUGCACAAAUGGUCUGAGAAACUUAGAUUCAUCACAUCCCACCCCGACGUAUGGCGAGAGAUCCAACCGGUUCGGGAAGAGAAGACACGCUUUACUGGCAACAACACAACAUUCAGUGACAAUCCAGGCAAAGCUCAUGCUGCUACAACGAUCCGCCCAGGCACUUUUCAGAGUUGCGCUUGCAACGAGUGGUCUCGCCGGCCAGUCGAGCCUAAAGCGAAUAAGCUAUGGGUGACCCACAGAGAUGAUGCCCCAAGCUGUCCUCAUUUCGUAGCGGUAUCGUACUGUUGGCCGCAACCGUCCGAAACCAUCAAGCCCCCCGCCGGCUUCUAUUCUCUCUCUUCCAAGCUCGGGAAGAAGAAGAGCGACGCUCCAGAUGAGGUUAUCGAACGAGCUCUGAAAUUUGCCAACCACAUGCAGCUGAGUGCCAUUUGGGUAGACCAAGAGUGCAUUGAUCAGAACGAUCGCGAGGACAAGGAGUCCGGCAUACAAUCCAUGGAUCUUGUCUACGAGAAUGCGCAGGUGUCGUUGGGACUGAUGUCUAUUGUAGCACAGGAGCAGAAGCAAUUGGACUUUCUGAAUUCUGAGCGCUUGCUCCAAGCAUGGAAGGCAAACGCGAUUACGAAUGAUGAUAUCUGGCACUUUCUUAAAUGGAUCGAUAGUGAAAGGUGGUUUACAAGAGCCUGGUGUAUGCAAGAGUCAUGGGCUGCUGGACCGCGGAUGUUGCUCAUGUUCAAAUGUGAUAGCACACUUGACAAGCAUGAACAUCAGGGACCCAUCGAAAAUGAAGCUAUCGUACCUUUCCAGGGUCUCGCCAAGAUUUUGAGGAUGCUCAUAGACCAUGCUCAGCCCAGAGCUGAGCGGCCGGAAGACGUUGAGAGAGACAGCCAGUGGCUAGAGCAAUUGAAACGCAAAGUUGUGAAGACAAUGCCAGACAACUCCAGCUCCAGCCCCAUGGUUAUAGGAAGCCGGAAUCGGUUGAGGUGCAGUGCCGCUGAAGGUUUGCAUGCUUUGGCAGUACGAGAAAACAGUCGAAUCGCAGAUCGAAUUGCUAUACUGGGCAAUCUCUGCAACUUUAGCACUCGUCUUGAUACCGAGAAAUUGGAGAAUGAAGGGUACAGUUUCAGCAUAAGCGCCUUUGCGCUCGCUUUCCUCAACGGCGAUCUUUCAUUAAUGGACUGCCUACCUGUGCAGAAUCAAAUGAUCAAAGGCGGCGCAGGCGCACUGGGUUUACGGCGUCUAGGGUACUCGUGGGGUCCUCCGAUGAACGGCACGUUGACGAAUCUCGAGUGGGUCCCAGAAGAUAGCAAUCCAAGAAGAUUGGCAAGUUCUCAGCUCACUGAGGAGGGCUUAUCAACAUUUGGAUGGAUCUUCUUGUGCGAUUUGUUUAUCGACGUCUCACCAGUCCAGUUAGGAUUUCAGGAAGAGUGGGCACGAGUCAAUAUGGCUACUACGCAGGAUGACUUCGGCAUUCAAAAGAUGUGCUUCCGGGUUGUCUGGUCGCUGAUAAAGCUAUUGAUCCAUAAAGGCUACCUUCAUCUUGCUCAAGUUGUUUGGAGCCACGAGAACAAUUUGAGACUAGCCAUUGACGAUGACACUGCCCUGUCAACAUCACAAGAGUCUCCUAUCCUCCCCGCUGAUAUCACGAAGCUCAUUGACCCUAAAAGCCACGACUUCAUAUAUCGGAAAGAACAUAUCAUCCAGUCCGAGCACGACUUUCUGGAGAAAACAUCACCAAUGGAGAACAUCGCGAACGUUGCGAGCAGUAAUCGUGCAUGGCUAGCACAAACUGUUAUGAACACCGGCAAGAUCCUCUGUGGUAGACAGAUCAACACCGGCAUGAUGCUCGCACCAACUUUUACCUGCACUAACAAAUCCGGAAAACUAGAAAUCACUCCUGUAGCUGAAGGAAACCCGCAUUCAGCACCGUCGGGUUCUGAAGACGAGCAACUGGUACCUGGUACAACGAAUCCCAAGUCCAAAUACACAAGUGUGUUGGAAUCUGAGGAUGCGAGUAUGAAGUGUAUCUUUACGCCAUCUUUGCAGUAUCGAUUGGACGAGGGACGAUCGCUGCAUAUUUGGAGGCCAACGCACUGGGUUGCGAGCCGUAUUUUCAAAGGCUCGGCGGGGGAUUUGUGGAAGGCUGAGGGAGGGGAGAUGGUGAGAGGGUAUGUGGUUCCAACGACCAUGUUUUCGAAAUGUGUGCUUGUUUAA